CCAUAGAGAAAUUUCUAUGGACACCUAUUUUUCACAUGGAAAUUUGAGGGUCAACCCGAAAUUUAUGGUAGAUGAAACCUUUCGCUGUUCUUUUGACGAUUCAUCAUAGCUAUGGAUUUUUUUCUCUGCAAUACAAUUUCUUGGUUCUCUCACAGAGUUUGGAAAUAUCAUCUUUUGAAGAGUCAAGAAUCAAAGUCUAGUCUUCAGCUGCCUGGUCAUCGAGGAAGUUGAGUAUGAAACCACUCCAUUCGUAGUCUUUGUUAACUUUUCUGAGAAGGAUGGCCAAUGAAUGUGUGCUGAUAUUUUCAUCAGAACCCCACAUGGUUCUCCUAACUCUGCUUCUACAAGUCUUCCAUACCCAAAUUUCUGAGUCAACUGCCGUGUUUAAAACAUCAAACAUCUAAAUAUAAUUAUGAAAGAACAUCAAAAAAAGAAGAAGAAGAGAGAGCUGAAUUGUUCUUUGUGAUUGUUGUGGUUUGUUAUCUUGGGUUUUGUUUUACUGGGAUUUCAGAAUGGCUCUGUCUUCUUUCUUGAUUUUCUUCAUUCUCUCUCGUCUAGUGGUUCUUAACAAUGCUCAAGAAAGAAAGCAAACCCACCAUGACUGCCCAGUGUCAUUCGCGUGUGGGUCUUUCGGUGUGAUGGGCUUCCCUUUCACCAGAAUGUCGCGGCCCGAGUGCGGAUUGUGCACGAUGGACUGUGAUUCAAGGCGAACUCCAAAGAUCCAACUGGAGAUAAAUGGACGGUGGUCUGAAGCUAUAAAAAUGUUGCAGAAUGAUACCGUUUUGGUGCUUGACCGACAGCUUAUGCAUCUCUUAGAGAAUCGCAGUUGUGAUUCUUUCUAUAAUAGGCUUCCCAGCACUCCUUCUAUUUCCUAUACAUUCUCUCCCAAUUACACCUUGUUCAAAUGCACCAAAAAUCCUGAAUUUGCUCAGAAGAAAGAUGAAUAUUUCAACAGUAGUUACCAAUCUUACGACUCCUGCCCUGAUUUCUCCAUCCACUACACACAUCCUAAUAAUCGCCGUAUGACUCCGAGGAAUCUUCCAUCUUAUUGUUCAGUUAUACAGCUUCCACUUAAUGAGGCAAACUUCAACGGGGAUUUUGAUCCCAAUAACCUCUUUGGACUAUUUACUGGUGAGUUCUCUCUUCAAUUACAUGUGUCCGAGCAGUGUUCUGAGUGUAACCUUGCUGGAGGGCUGUGUAAAACUGUCAGCGGUAACGAAUUCCACUGUGACAAAGGAAAAAGUAAAUUAAAACUCAUCCUACUCAUAGGUAAUAUUUCUCUUGAAUUUAUACGUUUACGCAUGAUGAUGUAUCAUCCUUCCUAGUCUAGGAGGAUUCUUCUCUAUGCUCAAAAAUUUUAUCCACUGCUAUUAGUUAAUUAAACUUUUCUCCCAUUUUUUUUCUUAUAGUUUAAACGAGUGUUCAUAAACGUGACUUUAUAUCAAAACUCAGGAACUCUAGUUUAAUGUCUUCAGUUAUGUCCGGGGUGAUCGUCAUCAUUAUUUGCUUUAUUAUUCGACGCCGAAAGAAAAUAUCAUACUUACUAUCAAGGAACACUUCUUCCGAUCCCUCCUCAAAACCAGACCUCGAAGGCGGUAGCAUCUACUUUGGGGUCCCUGUCUUCUCCUAUGCCGAACUUGAAGAGGCCACUAAUAAUUUUGAUGCGAGUAAAGAACUUGGAGAUGGAGGUUUUGGAACUGUGUACCAUGGAAAACUUCGGGAUGGCCGGGACGUUGCAGUCAAGCGCCUGUAUGAGCACAAUUACAAAAGAGUGGAGCAAUUCAUGAAUGAAGUAGAAAUCCUCACCCGUUUGCGCCACAAGAAUCUUGUCUCCCUCUAUGGUUGCACCUCUCGCCACAGUCGUGAGCUCCUCCUCGUUUAUGAAUACAUUCCAAAUGGCACCGUUGCUGAUCAUCUGCAUGGCGACCGAGCAACAGCUGGCUCACUCACUUGGCCUAUCCGCAUGAACAUUGCCAUAGAAACUGCCAAUGCAUUGGCUUACCUCCAUGCCUCUGAUAUCAUACACCGCGAUGUCAAGACUAAUAACAUACUCCUUGAUGACAGUUUUUGUGUUAAAGUAGCAGAUUUUGGGCUCUCGAGACUCUUCCCCACUGAUGUCAGUCAUGUCUCAACUGCUCCACAGGGGACUCCGGGCUAUGUUGAUCCGGAGUAUCACCAAUGUUACCAACUCACUGAUAAGAGUGAUGUUUACAGCUUCGGAGUUGUCCUUGUAGAGCUCAUAUCAUCAAUGCCAGCCGUUGAUAUAGGCAGGCAUAGACAUGAGAUUAAUUUGGCUAACUUAGCAGUAAACAGGAUCCAGAGAUGUGCAUUCAAUGAAUUGAUUGAUUCAUCUCUCGGAUUCGAAUUGGAUACUACAGUUAACAGGAUGACUACUUCAGUGGCAGAGUUGGCGUUUCGGUGUUUGCAGCUUGAGAAGGAAAUGAGGCCUACCAUGGAUGAGGUUUUGGAAGCUUUGAAGGAAAUUCAUGGUGGUGAGGAGUACAGAGCUGAGAAAAAAGAGGACAAUAAUGAUGGAUUGGAAAGUGUAAGACCGCCUCCUUCACCUGAAUCUGAGGAUGUUGUGUUGUUGAGGAGUAUUAACAUGGUGCCAGGUUCACCAAAUUCUGUAGCUGAUAUAUGGGUUAGUAGCUCCACCACAACCAGUACAAGUGGGUGAUCUUCUUCUUUAUUUUGCUUAGUAUAUGUUGAGGUAUAUGUUAAGACAGAGUUACACCCAUAGUAUCAUUUGCAAUAACUAGGGUGAACAUUUUUAUUUUUUAUCUUCUCAUUUUUGCUGUAUUCCUCUUAUGGAAAAUAUAAAUUUAAGGAAAAGGGCAAUGUACAUAGUAAAUGAAGAAGGCAUUAACACUUCAUGGUAGUACAUAUUGAAAGUUUAGCCUCAAUUUAUGUCUUGCAGUAGAC